UUUGAUAAGCAAAACUAUGUGCUUUGGUGUGUAAACUCGACGUGUGCUUUUAUCGAUGAAUUGACAAAAAAAUUUGUAUUUUAUUUAUAACUUUUUUUUUUGAUUUUUAAAAACAAUUAUAACAAUCAAUAAAAAUGUUGCGAUAGAUUAGGAUGUUUUUGAAAUGAUCAAUUGAACGUGUCAUUCGUGCUUUCAUCAUUGAAAGCUCAAUUAUUGUUUCAUUCUUUCAAUAAUUAUUAAGAUGUCAUCGUGGAAAGAAUUUUGUUUGAUCUGUGCCUUUUUUUUCAUCAAUUUUGUUCCCAACGUGAUUGGAUCUUACAAUGCAUUGUGCAAAUUUAAUACAAUGUGCAUGUGUUGGGUACAAGACGACGAAGAUUUUACGAAAAUGGAUAUUGCUUGUAUCAGAGUACCAUUUGCAAGGUUUCCUGACGUUUCGGUUAGUUACGUUGCACAAUUGGAUAUAGUUGGAUCUGGGAUGCAAAUAUUGGACAAUGAUGCAUUAGAAAGUUCAGUUGGUGUUGAAGGUUUAGGAUUAAUGAGCAAUCGUCUUACAAGUAUUGGUGAUACAUCACUCAGAGUGGUAGCAGACAGUUUAAUUUCAUUAGAUCUAAGUUACAAUGCUUUAGAAGAAAUACCAUUUAAAGCAUUUGGAGAUUUAAAAAAAUUAAAUUGGCUCAACAUGCACAGCAAUCAUUUAACAUCGUUAGACGGUGAUUGGGGUUAUUUGAGAACAACAUUGAGAAAUGGAUUUUUCGGUGACAAUUCAAUCAUCGAAUUACCAAAAAUCUUUUCAACAUUUGAAUCAUUGAUUUGGUUAAAUUUAGAUAAUAAUAAUAUCGAACAUUUAUCUGAAGAAUCAUUGGCACCUAAUAUUGAAACAUUAAGUAUGAAUAAUAAUCUUCUUAAAUCAUUUCCAUCGUCGUUGGGUAAAUUGGCAAAUUUGGAUUGGCUUUAUCUUCGUGGAAAUGAUAUGAAACAAUUGGAAUUACCUGUUUUUCAAAGUUCAAGUUUGGAAUCGAUCGAUGUCAGUGAAAAUUCAAUCGAAUGGAUUGAAAUACAAACGAUUUCUAAUCAAACACUUAAAGUUAAUGAUUUCAAUUUGGACAGUAACAAAUUGACAACAUUACCUAGUGGUAUGUUCGAUCGUUUAGAAGCCAGAAGAAUUCAUUUGUCGUCCAAUGGGAUUCGUAAUAUCGACGAGGACGCAUUUCGUAGCUUAGAAAAUACUUUGGAAUAUUUAAAUUUGGAAAAUAAUGAUUUACCAAGUGUACCAAUUGCUAUCAAUGGACUCAAAAGAUUGUCAUAUCUUUAUUUAGCCAAUAACGAUAUUAGAAAUAUUUCUAGUGACAGUUUUAACAAUUUUGCUGACAAUUUAAAAGCAUUGUCACUUGCCACUAACAAUUUGGAUGCUGUACCUGCCAUUGCAUUAGCCAGGUGUCAAAGAUUGUUACAUUUGAAUCUUGGUUACAAUAAAAUCUCACAUGUGGAACCUGGUGACUUUGAUUGGGCUGAGGAUUUAGAAAUUUUAUUGCUUCGUAAUAAUUUUUUAACCAAAUUAAAAGCUGAAUCAUUUAAAGGAGCAGGUAAAUUGAAGGAACUAAGUUUAUCGUUCAAUCAUCUCACUGAACUGGACGAUGAUUGUUUCGUUGGUAUCGAAGACAGUUUGAACAUUUUAGAAUUGAGUUUUGCAUUUGCUACAGAUAAUUUUCCACAAAGAGCAUUAAGACCAUUGAACAAUUUACUUUGGUUGGUUCUAGAUAAUAAUAAUUUUCAAUCAAUCGAACCAACCGCAUUUUAUUCCUUUCAACAAUUGCGUUACAUCAAUUUGGAAUCUAACAGAUUGCAUUAUCUACCGGAAAGAAUAUUUUUAUCUAGCGUACAUCCGGAAUUGAAGGAUGUCAAAUUGGGAUACAAUUUUCUCGAAAUGAUUCCAGAAUCAACGUUUCAUAAUUUGACAGAAUUGAGAUCGUUGGAUUUAACUGGGAAUCGAAUUAAAAUACUUUUGUCUGAUUCCAUCAUGGAUUGUCCUAAAUUAGUUACAAUAUCAUUGGCUUAUAAUAGAAUUAAUAAAAUGGAUAGAAACGCGUUCUAUGGUUUGUCCAGUCUCAAAUUUUUACAUUUAGAAUUCAACAGAUUGACCACACUGGAUUUAGAUGCAUUUUCUGAAAUUGGUGAUUCUGAAUUUGCUUUGAACGUUUCAUACAAUGCAAUAUCUUUCAUCGAUUCUGGUACAACUACGAAUAAUUUGACACAUCUUGAUAUUAGUUUCAACAAUAUUACACAUUUACCAACUGAAACAUUUUGUGGUACACCUGAUUUAUUGACACUCGACAUUCGUAACAAUUUUAUCAACGGUCUCGAACCAGGAACUUUUGCACUGAAUCAUUUGCAAGUAUUGAAUUUGAAAAAUAACAAAAUAGAAUCAUUGAGAAAACAAUCGUUUUACGGUUUGCAAUCGUUGCAACAAUUGGAUUUAGGUUACAAUGAAAUAACGCAAUUGUCUACAGAACAGUUUAGAAAUUUAAAAAAUUUGAGAAUAUUGAAUUUGUCUGGUAACAAAAUACGAUCAUUGCCUAGGGACGUUUUCGAAGGUACCAGAUUGGAAAUAUUGGAUUUGAGUCAUAACAAAUUUACUGUAGUACCAUCACCAUCCUUCAUGGAAGUUGGUUAUACUUUGAGAGAUUUAAAUAUGGCUGAUAAUUUUGUUGAUCAUUUAGAUUCAACAGCAUUUCCAACAUCACAGUUGAUAUCCUUGAAUUUGGCACGUAAUCGUUUGACCAUUUUACCAGACAAUUCUUUUGUAUCUUUAGGAAAAUUAUUAAACUUAAAUGUGUCUCAUAACAGUCUUCAAGCAAAUUUCAAAGAAUUGUUUCAUUAUUUACCUAAUUUAAGACAAUUGUCAUUAGCAAAUUCUGGAUUGAGGAUUAUUUCACCUUUUCCAUUGACGAAUCUGAAUAAUUUGGAUUUGUCAUUUAAUAAUAUUGAAAGUACGACUGAUAAUCAAUUUCAGUACUUGAAAAAUUUAAAGAUAUUGUUGUUGACAAAUAAUUCGUUAAGUUCAAUGCCAAUUGUCAGAUUAAAUUUACUCAGGGAACUCGACGUUUCUGGAAAUCCUAUUGAGGAAAUAACUAAAGAAAGUUUCUAUGGUUAUUUACGAUUAGAAAAAUUAGAUAUGAGAAAUUUGAAUAGAACUCGUACAGUUGACAUGGAUUCUUUAAGAUCAUUGAGAUAUUUGAAACAUUUGAAAUUACAAACAUGGCCACAAGCAGAUGGAUUUAAUUUACGUGACAUGGUCAUUGGUUUACCAUUACGUACUGUUGAAAUACAAGUCACGGAACAUUCGUUGAAACAUCAGAUACAAAAUGCAUUUACAAAACAAUUAAGAGAAUUAACAAUAACCGGUGCUGAUUUAGAAGUCAUUUCAUCAGAAGCCUUUUCAACUAUAGAAGGUGGUGAAUUAAUUCUAAGAAUUAAGAACACACGUGUUAGAAGAUUUCAGUCGGACAUAUUUUUAUCGUUGACAAAAAGAUUGACUCAAUUGACAUUAGAUUUGAGGGACAAUCACAUCAACGAGUUGAGUCCAUCUAUUAUUUAUGGAAAUUUAUCAUGGGAAACUGUUGGCACCAAUAUGGUUGCAGGUGGAUUACAAGUAUCGGGUAAUCCAUUGGAAUGUGAUUGCGAGAUAGCAUGGCUAAGUUUAUGGUUACGAAGAUGGUUACGUGAAUCACGUCAAAUUCAUACAGCAUCACAAUCAGAUGCUAGACAAUUAAGGACUAUUGCUGGUCGUGCUGUUUGUACUGAAACAACACCUUCAUAUUCGUCAGACAAAGUUCUAUUAACAUUGGGAACACCUCAUACAGCUUGUCAAGCAUCUGCACUUAGUUCUGGAAAUUACGAAAGACUUGCUAGGACUUGGUUAGCACUUAUACAAUUGAUCGUAUUAUUGUUGUUUGCUAAAUGACUCAUUCGUCGUUGAUAAUUUUGUUCUACGAUUAAACGAAAAGGAAUUUCAUAACUUUUCUCGUAAUACUUCACACGAUACUUCGAAGGAAAAAAAUUCAUUUUAUUCGAAGUGUAUUUGUGUGAGAGUAUGAGUGUGUGUGUGUGUGUGUGUGUGUGUUGAAAACAAGAAAAGGCAGUUUUCAAAUUUGGUAUACAACGAACUUGUUACAGGACUAUUAAAUCUCUGAUUCUUGAAACAUUUUAGAUUAGUCUUAAAAAAUGUAUACAUAUCGUAUAUUAAUUGUAUACAUAUCGUAUACAUAUCCUUUGUAUAUAUAUAUAUACAUAUUUAAUAUGUAUAAGUGUGAACGAUUUCAUGAGUAUAAGAAUAGUAAAUAAGUUAAAAUGUAUGAGUGAUAUAAAUGACAUUUUUUUUUGUUUGAAAUAUUAAUACAAUUAAUUUAAUUCGUGGGUUUUAUAUUUUUUUAAUUUUUAAUUUUAAAAAUUUAAUAUUAAAUAGAUUGUAAUAAUGCUCCUAAAUAUAUGCAACCUUUUAUACUUCGGUGCUGGUUAGAAUUAAAAACUCCUGAACGUACAGUUUUUCUUACAAGAGUGUAUGAAGGGUUGCCUGUUACAGGAGUAAAAAAACGACGGUAGAAAUCGUUGUUAUCGACAUUGUAUGAAGUGUUGACUGUUCACAGGGGUUUUAUUUAUUCAAAUAUCUACCAAAAAUCGCAAGAUUUCAUAAUUUUCUUGUAUUCAAAGAUAAAAACUACCGAGAAAAAUGAUUUAUUUCUUUUUUAAUGUGAAAAACACUCAAGUAAUUUUGUGAAUCAUAUAUGUUUUUUCAUUUAACACAAAGUAAAGGAAAACAUGAUCAUUUAUUUUUUAUUUUUAAGUGUGAGUGUGUUUGUUUUGAGUAUGUCGAUGAAUGAUAAAUGAAAUUUUAGAUUGACACAUUGUACAAAAUUUGUUAUCAAAUGUUUACGAACGUACAUGUACAUGUCAUCCCUCACGUUAAAUCCCUUCAAACGAAUUUAUUUGCUUAAAAGAAGAAGGGGAAAAAGAUCAAAUGAAAGUUCAUGUGUGUGAAACAAACUGAUGAACCAAUCGGAUGUCUGUUAAGUUUUUCUUUAUUUAUAAAUAACUUUACUUCGUGAUUUUCGUCCAUGCUUUAUACAAAUGAUAAGUAAUAAUAUUUAUUUAAAAAUGGGGAAAGGACUUUUUGUCUAAGAAAUGGGAGUGGAGAGGGGAUGAAUAAAAAUAGAAAGAGAAAGGGAAAAUUAAAGAGAG